CUACUGUUGAGCACGCACUUAUUUUUAAAAGCCAUCAUGAGUCAUCUUGUUUAAGUGGCAUUUUUACUUUAUCAGAGCGGGCAGUUUGUUUUUACGUACUUUUCGAGGAAAUGUUUGAGAUGUACUAAACAUGGCUAAAAUUUCCAACCGUAAACUACCAAAAAAUGUCCAUUCAUCUCUUGAGUGGAAUUUUCAGAAUAACGAUCCAAACUCUUCCAGCGAUUCAUCUUGGUCUUGGUCGGAUGUCUAUAGAUAUCAAAGAAACAACAAUGCUCAAGACAACCGUGUUAAAGUCGUAGUGUCUGUGGAACAAACUUUGUAUGAUGUCGCUGAACUGCUUGAAAGGAGACUAGGGAUUUGUCUUUCUGGCUGCCAGUUUUAUCUUCAAGAUCGAAUCAAGCUUCGUGGGGAAUCGCCCCUGGUUGAACAUUGUGUUGAAAUAUCCGGUUUAGUUCAGCUAUUACUUGAGGUAAAAACAGCACAUGCAGGCUAUCCAUUUCGACUCAAUGUUGUCGAUAUUCAAAUCCCAGAAUCGGUUGAUCAUCAUGGACCUAACUCUACUAUACCAACCGAAAAAAGCAAACGUCCUGGUAUCGCAAAAGGACCAGGACAACAGAUAUCCAGUGUAAAUUCGGUAAAAAACGAGGAAUCAAGGAAUGAUAGUGCUCUUUCAAGUUCUAACAGACCAAUAAGUCCAAAACCCGAAUGUAUAUCCCCUCUCACUGUUGCCGCAGCUGUGGCAGCGGCAGCUGAUAUUGCAUCAGGAGGGUCUGGCUUAUUGGAAUCACAGCCUUCUCUUAAUGAAAAUGGUAUGGUCUCAGAUGAAUCCGUUAUUCCAGAAGCAUGCAAUAUUCUUGAUAUACACUCAUCGCAAAAUCCUUAUUUAGGAUCCCAGUUGGAACCUGGUGGAGUUCCUGGAGCUUACGACUUAGAAAGCUUAUCAAGAUGGGUUCCUGAUGGUCACUAUCGACGUUUAAUGGAAAUGAAUGAUAUUCCACGUGAUCCUAUUGAGUGGAAUUCGACACAGGUUAUUAUGUGGAUAAAUUGGGCUUGCAAACAAUUUAGGAUUGAAGGCCUAAAAGGCGAAAAGUUGUUCAACAUGCCUGGGUCUAGCAUGUUUGUUCUAACACCAGAUGAUUGGCGACGUUUAGUUCCCAACGCCAACGUUAACUUCUUAACUCACUUAGAGCUACUUAAACGGUGUCGAAAUGUUUGUGUUCCUUAUUGUCCACAACCCCCACAACAGAGCGCAACCCAAUCCCAAAAAUUGUACAGACAAAUGUCACGAUCCCGCUUUCGUAGCUCUAGAAAUUUGACGGAAACGAAUUCUAGUAGGAGUUUUGGUGGAAGUAUUGUAUUUGCGCCGUCGUACUCGGGAGCCUUAAAUUCCUACGAUAUGAAUAAUUCUAACCCACGAAUGAUGUGUUCAAAACCAGUGUUUUUGUCAUGUAAUGAUUCAAAUGGUCACGUUCCAACAUCCAGUACAGUUACAUUAAUGAACGAAACGACUGCUAAUCAGAACUCAUCCAACUACACAAAUAACGGGGUAUGCGAGUCUUCUUCAGGUGGUGGUCAGUUAAUUCAUGGUGCAUUUUUAUUAGCUCAAAAUGGUAACACUCUUCAACAAGGAAUUUCUAAUUCUCAAUCAUCUGCAGCUGGUCAAGUUCAACUGUGGCAGUUUUUACUUGAACUACUUACAGAUUGGAGAUACCGUGAAGCUAUACACUGGAUUAGCGAUGAUGGUGAAUUUAAAUUAAGUAAUCCUGAACAAGUAGCUGCAAUGUGGGGUCAUCGAAAAAACAAACCUGCUAUGAAUUACGAGAAGUUAUCUCGAGCAUUACGAUAUUAUUAUGAUGGUGAUAUGAUUUCAAAGGUUCAUGGAAAACGUUUCGUUUACAAAUUCAUUUGUGAUUUAAAGACUCUACUUGGUUUUUCAGCUGGCGAGCUAUAUAUGUUAGUGAAAAAUUGUGCUGAAAGGCAUUCACAUCGAGGGAAAAAGCGGCGUUUGACUACAGGAUCUACAUACUCUCCAGUAAACAAUCAUACACUGUCUACAUUUCCUAUAGACGAUAGGACUGUGUUCCCAAUACCCGCAGAACAUCCUCGUCCAAUUAAUUUUUUAAACCGGUCUGUACAGAGCAAUGUAACCCCUGGUUACUGCCUCGAUAUCGUCACACCUUCAGAUCCCCUUUCUUAUAAUGUUCCGUUCUCACCUACAUACCGUAUCAGACAACCGGUCAAAUUGGAAAAUGGAGUAAACAGUAAUACACUAGAACAACACUCUAGUAGUUCAUUAGUCCGUCAGUCAUUCCAGCGAAAAAGAUUUUUGGGUUUACAGCCAACUACCGUAAAUACUGACAAUAUUGUUUUUGAAGAUGACUCUAUUCAUAAUAAUGCUUCUGACUCUGAGCAUCAUGAAAACGAUCGAUCACGUGCCCCCACCAGUCCUUGGAGGCUGCGACGACGCUGGUGGGCUCGCAAUCCUUUGUCUGGUGUUUCACCACUUGGCUCUCCUCCUUACUCAUCUCCUUCAUACACUGAACGUUUAUCUUCUGAUUCUGCUCGACAACGAGACGAUGUUUCUGAUCGCUUCAACGGUUCAUGCUCAUCGAUAGCUGGUGCAAGUUCUCAGUUCAGCCAUUCACAGUUCACAGUUGACGAGGACUGGGUUGCCGCCGCAGCGUUAACGGAGGAUAUGGCAAAUGAAUCGUCCAUGAAUUCCUCCACUUCGAUCAAUAGUUCAUUUCGAUCUAAUGGAAUUUCUCUUCCCCAACCUCCCACUCCUAAUACUACUGUAACUGGCUUUGAUGAAGGAGAGAUAGCUUCCGCCGCUGCUUCAUUAUUCAGUCAAUCAAGCCAAUCAGAACCUCCCUUAGUAGUGAAUCAAACGAAUACCGUUCCCAAAAAGAGAAAGCUAUCUUCUAACUUAUCUGAUUAUCGCUGUGAAACGAAAGAGGUUAGAGAUGAUUCUCUUAUCGAAGAUACCGUAUACGGUUCUCGGUUAAGUCAUUUAGGUAGUACCAAGUAUAUCUCUAAUAACCGGUCAUCUAUGCGUAACUAUGGUCCUGUUUUAUUAUCUAGUUAUAGUCAAGGCAUAGAUAUCGAUGCCUUUUUAGCUCAUUGAUGUAUGAUAUGUAUAUGGAGCUUUUUACAGCUACUUAAUGCUAGUUUAUAUCAAAACUUGUACAUUUAUUCAUCAAUAGGUGCCUUCCGAUUUGUUUUGCGGAAGAAUUCAGAUGAAAUUUCAUUCAUUAUUUUCCUUCAAUGGCCUUUCUAUUUUCUGUUAUGUUUUUUCUCCGAAAAUUUAUUUGCUCAGGAUUCUGCUUAC